AUGCCUGAUAACUGCUGCAUUUACCAGGGGAAUGAAUUUAUAGCGGUUGAAUUCCUCCAGCAGAACAAAGGGCUGCAUUAUGAAAGCACCCUCGUCAUUCUGACAAAGGUUGCUAAGAGUGAGGUAAGGGCGGUGAGAGCAUCAGGCUGGCUCCAAACAAGUCGCUUGGUAUUUGGGGAGAAGGGAGCGGCCAACAAAAGAGCGGCGAGGGACGAGCAGUUGUCUCCAGCAGUUGCCAUAAGGCGUGUGCGAAGGGAAUUAACACCGACUGCAGAAUUCAGGCAGCACCCGCGGGCUGCGCUGGGUGCCGCCGGCGGCUCUGCCGUGGCCACGAAGCAGGCCAGCGAGAGCAUCCCGACCACCGAGCACAUCCCGACCACCGAGCACAUUCUGACCACCAAGCACAUCCCAAACACCGAGCACAUCCCGAACACCGAGUGCAUCCCGACUACCGACCGCAUCCCGAACACCGAGCGCGUUCCGAACACCGAGAACAUCCCGACCUGGCAUCGGCUGCGGGGCUUAACUCAGGACAAGAGGAAUGCGCAGCCCUUCUUCCCAUCCUUCAGCUGGCCACGACCCCUUCCCAUGGCUUUCUUGGGCCUUCCUCUUGCCCACUGCGGACCAGAAACGCUGGGCACCGUGCUUCUCGCAGGUCCCGCGCUCCUUGCGCUUUCCCACUUCUCUUGGCUCUCCCCAUGGCCUGACCCAUCCCUUUUAAGAAAAAAAAAAUUCCUGCUCCUGAUGCUGUCAGGGCCACCUGCAGCCCACAAACCUGCUGCCCGAGUGAAAACCUUAGGCCAGCUAUAAAGGUCCUCACACGACCGACACCUCUGGAAGCCCCCAGCCCCUCGCCGCCCCGGGGCUCGCGGCGCUUUCCCGAGGCAGAGCGCCGUGGCUGCGUGCAUCGGGACCAGGCGCCGCUAAUCCACCUCCCUCUCCCCCCUCUUACAAAUUAGGACGUUAAGGGUGAGCUUUGGCUCUCUGUAUAUGGACUUUGUUGCAUUGCAUACUACCCCCCCAGACCCCUCCCAGAGUUUAGUGCUCUAAAUUGCUAAGAACAUUGGUCCCCCGCGCGCACUGAGGCUGCCGGAUGGCUUUCAGCAUCUGUAGGCACUGCUGCCGUUUGUGGUCUUGAGAAAAGGAUAUACUGUUCUGCUAUAAAUUCAACAAUACAAUCCUUA